AUGGGGAAUAGCAGGUCAUUGAUUUUACAUAAACGAAGUUAGUAGAUACAAAACAAUUAAUUUGCAUUCCUCUUUUGAACAUGAUUCAAUCAAGACAAUUUCAGUCGUUCAUGGAGAAUGCUGAAUAAAUUAAUUUCAAUCGCGUUGCUUAAAAUAGAUGCGAUCGUGUUUGGUCCCCACCGGAAAUGGAACAUAUUCAAACGGCGCCAGGAAGUGUCGUAGACCGCGCGCAUUGUAUGGGCGCACUUUGCCACAUGGUCUCCAGCUACUCCUCUCCUUGGUCGCCCGACAGAGACCGAACUGAAUUGCUGAAAAGGUCUAUCAUCCUAUUUGCGCAGCAUACACACUCAAAGGCUAUAUAAUGGUUUAGGUGGUGGGAAUGUGGAGUUGUAAGGGGUGCACAGAAAUCGUGUCAAAUCUGAAAACUCUGGAGGAGCUGGGUGUUUAUGUCCCACUGUUAGAUUCUGCACUGGAAAGAGCACCGAUAUUCAGCUACAUUCUGUUGCAUCUGGUGUGUUCCCUCUCAGAAACAAGGAGCUUCAUCAGGCCCAUGUCAGACAGGCUCAAGAUACAGAGAGCUAUGUGGUUGGUACAGAGAGCAUUAUAGAGCCUUUGAACUCAGCCCAGCACCCAUAAGAACCUUCACUCUCGUGGCACUCAGAGAACUCCUUGAUGCUUAUCCACUAGUUGACUACAAGAUUGGAUCAGCCCGCAUGGUGACUUUAAAAAGGCAUAUUGACAUAAGAGAGUAAACAGCUUUGAAGAUGGGGACUCCUGUGAUCCUUAAGAUCAUCUUGACUGACGGCAGCUCUCAGAGGUUGACUCUCUCCCAUGGACUCCCCACAUCCAUUGAUGACCUUAUGGUUGAAGUGAAGAAGCAAUGUGGACUUCAGGGCAAUUUUAGACUUCAGUUUAUGGAUUCCUUGUUUGGAAACGAGUUCCUUAACCUUACUUUAAUUUCAGAAGUAGAAGACAAAGGUACUCUCAAAGUCAUCGAUAUGUCAAGGCCCAUCACUAUGCAGAAUGAUGAUGAGAGGUCUUCUGCUCUCAGUCCAGUCCUAGAACCCCAAGCAUUCUGCCCUUCCACUGUAAAUGACUGUUCAUCCCCAUCAGAUGGUUCUAUGGAUACAGAUGUACUUUCAUCAUGUGGGUCUACAAGCUCACGGUCCUCUUGGCCUGAUGUUUUUCAUGUGCCGAAGUUCUCCUAUGAUGCCGAGUUAAAACUUCAGCAGGCAAGUUUAGCUUAUAUUAAAAACGGCACUGUGCUUAUUCCAGAUCCCAAGUUGAAGUCAGCCAUCCUUGAUGGUUUAGUGCAGGAAAUUGUGCAGUAUAAAGUCUAUGUCAGUGAUAAGGAGAUGGAACAGGUAGCCCAGAGUCUUAUAAAGAAGUAUCCAUGUUUAACUGAGAAGUGGUCCAGCACUGGAUGCGUUGGAUGGAAGACCAGUUUAAAAUAUAAACUAUCUAACUAUCGCACACACCUGAGAAAGCUGGGCUGCCAAGAAGUGACAGUGAACUCUUUAAAAAACAAACCUGUAGGAAAGCGCAGUGCAGCCUUUGGUGUCAAAAAGGCAAAGAGAGCAGAGGUCAAUUUUUGCCCGACAUACCCAGCAACAGAAACUGAGGAGAGCAUGGAAGCCAUGCAGAAAGCUUUGCUCCUGGAUUUAAAGAAAAGGAACAACAGAGAGGUUGUGAAACAAAAGAUGGAAAAGACAUUCGCACACAGAAGACAUGAAGUUGUUCGUGAUGCACCAAUGGUGGAGGAUUUCAUGGCGAGGUGGCCUGCACUGUUUGAAGUCAGCGAGAUCAAUGCUGAAUUCAAAAGAAUCACCACCGUCCCACUUCAAUCCAAGUUCCUGUCUCAGCUGGACCUUCACUCUGACAACUUGACGAAGCUGUUCCAAAAGCGAGGAGGACAGCUAGGGAGAAGUCUCAGAACAGUCACUACACAAAUGGCUGAUUGUGAUGAUGUCGAUGCUGGACGAGAGUAUAUCAUUAAGGGAGUCUGUAUCUACAUGGGUGAAGAUCCAGCAAACCUUGUGCGGGAAUAUGUGGGCAUGGAUGAAGACACCAUCAGUGAGGCCAUUGAAGACACUACCCUUGGGAUCUAUGUUCUUAAAGAACAUGCUUCAAGUGAACCAGAGGACAUUGGAAUUGUCCUUGAAGGCAUCAAGGUGUUGCAAGAUCUGGAUAAUGUAGCAUUAGCUGUUGCCAUACUGUUCGGACUGAUGUAUGCCCUGAACCUCAGCUACCCUGCUGACCUCAAAUACACCUUUGAGGUAAUCCAAAAGAUUAUCAUGGAACUGGAUGGAGGUAAACUUUCUAACAAAGCACUCGCUCUGAAAAACAGGCUCUUUCAGUGAGAGCCAGAGACUGCACUGCCAGCGAUAAACCACCAGACACCUGAACUGUCCUCAAAGACAUGUUUGAUAUUGCUGUACCACAUCUGGACUGCUUUGUCACUUUCUUCUACAGUUUACAGUGUUACCGUUUUACAGAUGUAUUUGUUUAUUUCUCAUGAAAGGGUUUAUGCAGGACAGAAGCCCCUCCUGCCCCCGACCGUUAACCUUGGAAAUAAACCAUAUAACAAAGCACUACCAAAUUAUCCUUAUUUACUUUGACCCAUGUUUGGUGUACUAAAGUAAAAAAUAGUGUUAUUCUUUUUUGCAUUUGCUCUUGAAAAUGCAGUGAUUGCAGUAACGGUUCACAGUAUUUUGUAUUUGCACUUUUAAACCUACUCUGAUAGUUUAUAAUGGGUUUGUGUUUUUGCUGCUAUUAAUCCACUCUGAAGAUAAAUAUGAAGUAUGUACUGUAUAUGCAGCUAUUGAUACACUGAAAACUGUCAAUGGAAGCUUACAUUAUGUGUUGUGAAUCCAUUGCACGUUGAGGUAGUCCAAAAGAUUACCAUGGAAUUGGAUGGAGGUAAACUUUCUAACAAAGCACUUGCUCUAAAAAAACAAGCUUUUUCAGUGAGAGUCAGAGACUGCGCUGCCAGCGAUAAACCGCAAGACAUCUGAACUGUCUUCAAAGGCAUGUUUGCUAUUUCUAUACCACAUUUAAACUGCUUUGUCACUUUCUCUUGUGAAUCCACUGUAUGUUGAGAGUAUUGUUUGUAAUUAAUUAAUUAUCUGAAAAAUUUAAAAAGGUUUGCAGAGUUUUUUUGUUGCUUUGUGUCAACAGUGUGCAGUAUUUGCUGCUUUCAGUCCUUUUUGACAAAGAUAAAGGUUUAUAUAUGCGUUUGCAUAACUGUUUUUCACAAGGAAUAAACAAAGUCAUUUUUUUUCUUCUCCCCAUUUUAAAUCCAACCUUGGGAGUAACCCUUUCAACAAAGCACUAGCUCUCAUUUGCCUUAUUCACUUUGACUCAUGUUUGGUGCACUUCAGUGAAAAAUAGUGUAGUUUUGUUUUUUUGUUUUUUUGUUUUUUUUCCCACUUGCUCUUGAGAAUGCAGUGUUAGUAGUAACAGUUCACAGUAUUUUGUAUUUGCAUUUUUAAACCUACUGUGACAGUUUAUAAUAGGUUUAUAAAUGUUUUUGCUGCUGUUAAUCCACUCUGAACUAUGUACCAUAUAUGCAGCUGUUGAUGCACUGAACUGUUGAUGGAAGGUUACAUUAGAUGUGCACUUUAUGAAGAAUUUACAGUAUUUUUUGUGAAUCUGUUUUAAAAAAAAAAAAUUAUGAAUGGUUGCAUUAUCUGUUUUAAUCAACUGCUGUUGAUUAAGUAUCAAGUUUUUACAGUUUGAUUCCUCUGUGAAGUCAGUUUAUAGCAACUGCACUGAGUCCUUUGUAUGUUUUGCAAAGUUUUAAGGCUCAAAUUAUAGCAAAAUUUUAGUACAGAACUCUGACUCUGACUUUUUUGUCGAUGCAAAUCUGUUUUCUUACAUUUAUGAUUUU